GAUCCCGAACCACGUUCGGACCAGAACGCCGCGCGUGCGGCGGCAAUUCUUCCAGAAUACUUUCGCUGACAAAACCUACAUGGAGCGCCAGUUCUUUGUGGCAUCCACGCUGCAUGUGUUGCUGCCCACUGCAAAGAAGGGUAAGAACCUCAAGGUAGUUGAGCUGGAGCCUCUGGAUGGAAGGUACAUCGGAUUCCUGAAGCCCGGGGCUGACGAAAGGAAAACCAUGAGAUGGUUCUUGGACGAGUACAUCGCUGUCGGCAACAGCUUGUGGGAAGCCGGCACUGAGAGCGAGCUCGUCAAGAAGCUCAAGAAGGAG